AUGUCCACAGUCCAGUUGCCAGGUGUUACGAUGUACAGUUCAAAGCGUGCCGGUGACGUUGAAGACUCGACGACGAGACGAAAAGUGGCGCGAACCGCCGCAGAUUCGAGCAAAUCGCGGGCGCCCGGUAGCCGCGGUUCGGACGACUACGUGUCGGCCGAUCUGAUCUCGUACGCGGCCAAGUCGUGGGCCAGUCACCUGAAAGGACUCCGACAACUGCUCGUCUGCUCUGUCUGUUACGAGUACUCGCGAGAGUUGAACCAGUGCUCGAAUGGCCACCUCUUCUGUCCACUUUGCACGGUCCAGCUGGAGCAGACGAGAUUCGCCAACCGACUCGCUUGCACCUGUCCCAUUUGCCGAGUCCCGCUGACCCCGGCCACCGGUUUCGGUACCACUUCGGCGGCCGAGUCUGCCUCCGCGACUGGCGGUCUCCAACGCAGCCGGUUGGCCCAGGGCAUCGCGUCUCGUCUUCCGGAGCCAUGUCGGUACUGCGGCGCUUGGCUGGCACCCGAUCGGCUCGUCCGGCACGAGGCUCUCUUCUGUGGCCUCCGACCCACGGUUUGUCCGUUCGCUCUGCUCGGCUGCAGUUGGCGUGGCAACGGCGUGGCUCGGAUCGACCAUCUUGUCGGACGCAACGGUUCCGACUGUCCUGUCUGGCGGAUGUACGGAACCGAGAUGUACCGCUCGACCAAGGCUGGCCGACGAGCAGAUCGAGCUGAAGUCUCCAAAUGGUUGCCACAUUUGCUGUUGCUACGUCUGGCCGGUAGAGUGGGGGAGGAGAGUGUGCCGGGUCCCGAGGGUCUGCAAUGGCAGAGUCUGCAGACUCUGCUGGAGACGAGUCGAGAAGCCAGUUUUGGGAUGCGCGGAGCUGCUGGCCUCCGCGUUGUGCCAGUAUUGGCCGCUCUGACGAGGAAGACAACGAGCAAACUGGACACACUCACGACGGAUCCAGUCUUCUUCGUCAGCUCGCCCAUCUGCUUGCCUCUGCACGACAAACUGGCCCUCUGGCUGCGGGUGAGUUGGGCUGAACAGACUCUUCUAGAUUCGUCUUAUUCUGCAUUUGAAAGUACAAUUUCUCAACAUUCACCAUCAUCGUAUACCUAUUUCGUCCGUCGCAGUAACGUGACCAAUAUGAAAUCUUUAUGA